CCCUACCCGUUCUCCCCUGCGUACUCCUACAAGGAGACUGGCGGGGCGAAGCCCCAGCUAAGGGGCACCGUAUUUCGCGGUAUAGAGCAGGACGGCUAUGUGAAGAUAGUUGCCCUGCGCGGCGACAAGGCCGCGGCCGAGUGGCGCAAGUGGGGGUUCAUGCCGCCGUUGCCCCCGGCGGUGACCAGGACCUGCUGGAAGUGCGGCUCGCGGAUGGACAAGAAGUCGUUCCAGGGUGUGAAGAGCGUCUUUCGUUGCAGCAGGACCUCCUGCAGGAAGUGGCACAACGGCGAGACGGCGUUCGCGCCGCUCCACGGGGCCAAAGUGAUGACGCACGAGCAGUACUUGCGGAUCAGCUAUUGCUUCAGUCUCCAAUGCCGGGUGGAUCAAACGGAAUUCUUGACGGGUGCCUCGGAGGACAUGGUCUCCCGGGUCUUCGCGUGCCACCGCGACGUGUUCGCGUGGUUCAUGGAGGAGCUCGGCCGGGGCAUGUGCUUCAACGCCGCGGAGGUUGACAUGGACGCUUCCAAGACGCACGUGCGACGCCGGCUGCGGGGCAAGGAGUCGGACUUGAACAUCCACAGCGGGCGCAUCUGGUUUUUCAAGGAGAGAUCCACGGGAAGGAGGAAAGCAGGCGACGCGUUUCCUCCGGAACCCCUCGCUGACAUCGAGGGCGCGGUGCUCUCGUCCUUGCGCAGUGGCGCCAUCGCAUGCGCCGACGGCGGCCUGGCGAUCAAGAGCGCAGUUGCCAAGGCGGGGGUGCCAUUAGCCACGGCGUUGCACGGGCGCAGACCGAACGGGCAGUUCUGCAGGUUGCAGCUCCUCGACAAGAAUAGCGUCUCUCCCGCGCUCGCGCAGGUCUUGACAGGCAUGGGCACGAUGAGCGGGCCAUCCGCAUCAAUCAGAGUGACGGGCGGCAACCAGGCUGCCGAGGGUGCCCGGGGCAACAGCCGGAGCGGCAUGCAGGGUAGGGCGGUCCAUCGCGGGCAAGCGGCCAAGCAUUCUUCGGCCCACGGCAUGUGCAGCCUCUUCCUGUCGCACAACCCAGGCAUGGCGAAGCUGGGUGCCGCGCACGCACAUUUCAUCCGCUCGCACAUGAACGAUGUCACGCCCUCCUCGUUCUUCGGGCGGUCGGGGUGGAGCGGCAGCAAGGGCGCCAUUGGGGUGCUGGCGGCGUCGCCGGCUGCCGUGGCCAAGGCGCGCGCGGGCCAGAAGCCGUCGGCCGGCGCUGCGGGCCAAGAAGACGUCGCCGAAGGCGCGCGCGGGCACGACGCCGUUGCCAGGCGCUGCGGCGGGGCCCCGCCAGGCCAAGAGGACGCCCCCGGGCGCUGCAGCCAGGAAGAGGCCCGCCGCGGACGGCGCCGGCAGAGGCGCCAGGAAGGUUCCGAAGAGCACCUCGGCCUCGCAGUGAGGCUGCCCGUG